GCGGUCGUCGUUCUCCUUAGGUUUCGCAGAGGUCCUGCACUUAUUAAACACGUCGCCAUUGGUGCUCUCGUCGUCUGAAGAGUUGAACAAAGUCUCCUCCUCCUCCUCAUUUGCAAUUUAAAGUGAAAGUACACCCGAAGCUUCACUAUGGCGAAGUCACGUGUGGUUUUAGUUAGUUACUAUUUAGUUCAAAUAACUCAUCUGGGAAGAAACCAUGUCAACACAUUCACAUGGCCGUGACCAAGAUCUGCUUACGCAGCACAACAUCACCCACAUCCUGUCCAUCCAUGACACAGCUGCACCUGUCUUAGAGGACAUGACAUAUCUUUCUAUAGCUGCAGCUGAUGACAGGAAGCAAGACCUGAUUCAGUUCUUCAAAGACAGCAUCAGUUUUAUCCAAAAUUCAAGACUGAAAGGAGAAGGCUGUCUUGUCCACUGUGUAGCAGGAGUGUCCCGUAGUGUGACACUUGUGUUGGCCUACAUCAUGACUGCGACAGGUCGGGGAUGGGUGGAUUCUCUGGCAGCGGUGAGGGCAGCCCGGCCAUGUGCAGGCCCCAACCUGGGCUUCCUAAGGCAGCUGGAAGAGUUUGAGAACACAGAACUGAAAGAAGUAGGAACCACUUUGCACACUACAUAAUAUAUGCACACACAGACACACACACAGUGACUCUCUC